AUGUGUAGGGGUUGUCCCCCUAUCAUUCUUGGCGGUCUUACCUUAUCCUAUCCUCGCAGCGUCAGGGGAUUGCCUCCUCGGUUGCAGAGCCCUGGAUGUGUAGGGGUUGUCCCCUAUCAUUCUUGGCGGUCUUACCUUAUCCUAUCCUCGCAGCGUCAGGGGAUUGCCUCCUCGGUUGCAGAGCCCUGGAUGUGUAGGGGUUGUCCCCCUAUCAUUCUUGGCGGUCUCUUAUCCUAUCCUCGCAACGUCAGGGGAUUGCCUCCUCGGUUGCAGAGCCCUGGAUGUGUAGGGGUUGUCCCCCUAUCAUUCUUGGCGGUCUUACCUUAUCCUAUCCUCGCAGCGUCAGGGGAUUGCCUCCACGGUUGCAGAGCCCUGGAUGUGUAG